GGCUUGUGAAUCGAUUUUGUUGCUAUAUCUUAUCAGUGUGCAAUAUACUGUGCUGAAAAAUGAUAAGCUGAAUCACUUGAAAUUGUGCCUACCGGCCACGCUGCUGCUGCUUCGAAUUUGAUGAUUAUAUAUUGCUAGUUUUUGUCUCACAUACCUCAUUUCUGAGAGCUGUCCUGGGUACAAGAGUUGUCAAAUUUGUUUUGAUUCAGAUUGAAAGCUUUAGCUUUCAUAUCCAUUGAUCACAUCACAGUUACGUAUGCUGGACACCUAAUUGUAAUGGAACGUUAUAUUAAAUGACCAUCCUUCAAAGCCAUUAUGCAUUAGCCAUGAUGCAAACGGGUAGAAGUAUGGCAUUUUUGGUGAAACUGCAAUCUAAAAACAUCAAACAUAUCAGAUCUUGUUUGUCAAGUCUUGCGUCAGUGCUCAAUAAUUCCCUCUGCAAGCAACAUCAGCAUGUAGGUUUGGAACAUUUUUGUUUAUGCCUUGCAGCCAGUUCCCACAUUUGUAAAAUUGCCUUGUUUUUUUGUAUGAGUUGACCAGCACUGCUACCUGAAAAAAACAUGAACUAAUAGUUAAUAAGCAUUGCUGUGGGUCAGGAUAAUUAAUUACUUCUAAAGCUAGUUUGAAACAUCUACAGUAGUUUUACUGGCCUGUCUAUUCUGCUGAGUGCUCAUCCAUCAUCCAGAGUUGAAUAAAACCUUGCUUUGCCACUCAGUUUUCAUUGUAUGGCCUGGAAGGUCUCUCUCUGGUAUCAAUUAUUGUUCCAUUCCUACAGCAGCUACAGAAUGGUGGUUUGGAUCUUGAGAGGAUCAGUGGCCUUCCCAUUGUCCACCACCCUGGCUAUGUGUGCCAGCUGCCUGCUGGGCACAGCUUUCCAAUGGCAAAGUUCAACAUGAUCUUUGAUCUGUUGGUGAAAGAUGGAGUAAUUGACAGCUGCAAACAGCUGCUUACACCAGAAGCUGUGUCCCGGGAGGUGGCGUGCCUUGUCCACUCUGAGGAGUAUGUGGACAAGUUCUUCAAUGGACACACUACCAGCCAGGAGCAGAGGGUUACCGGUAUCCCGUGGUCGCCGGGCCUAGUCUCCAGGGUUCGAUAUGAAACCGGUGGGACGGUGCAGGCGGCGCGCGCGGCGCUGCAGCGUGGUCUGGCGUGCAGUACCGCCGGCGGCACGCACCACGCCUUCCCCGGCCACGGCUCGGGCUACUGUUUCCUAAACGACCUGGCGGUGGCAGCCCGACUGCUGGGCGCCGGCGACGACCCCCGGCGGGUGCUCAUCGUCGACCUCGACGUCCACCAGGAACCGGAGACAAUGAGGUCGUUUGAGACGAAGCUCGACCCGGCUGACUAUGAGGCUGGCUUGCUUGAGAUUGUGGCCGCCCUCCGUCCCGACUGGAACCUGGACAACCUGCGCUUGAAGCCGUUCGCCGGUCUCACCAACACCCUGGUGAGCUGCUGUCACGCUGGCGACCAGGAGUCCACGCUGCUGUUCCGGCUCUAUGGAGACGGCACCGAUCGGUUCAUCGACAGAGACGCAGAGAAACGCAACAUGCAGAUGAUGCACCGAGCCGGCUGCGCGCGUCCUCUAGUGGCCACCUUCUCCAACGGAAUCGUGUACGGCUUCGAGCCCGGUCACACCGUCACCAAGCUCUCCGUACGAGCGCCGGACGUGUUCGCGAUGGUGGCCGCCGCCCUGGCGCGCGUGCACCGGAUCACGCCACUGGGACCUGACGCCGGUGACGGCAGCAACCCCUGCCGGUCCUGCCUCUGGGCCUCGCUGGACAAGAUGAUGGUCCUGGCGCCCACACAGUUUGAUGAUCCCCGGCAGCAGAAGAGGUUCGUCUCGGAGCUGCGGUCGGCCGCCCAGCUCCGAACAGAGCUCCGCCAGCUGCGGGAGGAGCUAGAGGAGCUCGGCUCUCCCCUGGUGUUCUGCCACAACGACCUCCUGCUGGACAACAUCAUCGUGGCGGCCGGCGGGCGCGGCGUCAAGUUCAUCGACUUCGAGUACGGCGGCGUCAACCACCAGGCGUUCGACAUCGGCAAUCACUUCAAUGAGUUCGCUGGCACUGAGGACGUCGACUACAGCCUGUUCCCGGACCGGGAGUUUCAGCUGCGCUGGCUGCGGUGCUACCUCGCCACCUACCUCUCUCUGAAGCCUGGAGAGUCGCCUCAGCCGAAUGGGCAGACAGUGGAGCCCACUGAUCUGCAGGUGGAGACGCUAUACGUGCAGGCCAACAAGUUUUCUUUGUUGUCGCACUUCUACUGGGGCGUCUGGGCCCUGGUGCAGACCCGGUUUUCCAACAUCGACUUCGACUACCUCGAGUACGCCAUCACCCGGUUCUCCGAGUACGACCGGCGUCGGGAGCAGCUGCGCUCGCUAGCUUUGCCAGUGGGGAACGGAGUAAAACAGUCGUGAGUGGGAUCUCCGUCCUGGGACAGUGGGGUGUGGAGGGUUACAGGCUGGGUGCGUGGCGUGUAUCGUGCCUGGCUCCUUGGACGGGCAGCACGAGCACCCUGGUAUUCCAUCACCUGGUACUGAGAGGCAUACAGAACCGGGCUCAGCAACGCUCUGGAGAGUGGAGACGGACCGCAUCGUUAAUCUACCUGUUACGGCCAGUGCACGCCGGGUCCGUGGCCAGAUCGGCUAUACUGGUCGCCUUUUGAACAGUCUUAUGAGGCAGAGACCCGGUGUUUGGACCAAUCACAACUCUGAUUCGUGAUAAAUACCUUUUAGGUUGAGUUGUGUUAUCCUAGGAUGCGCUGUAUCGACGAGUGUUUUAUGUUGUGAGACCAAUUUUAUUCGCCUUCGGUUGUUUUACCGUUUUCGGCCAUACUACAAUUGGUGACAAUGCCAAUCAGUAGCCUUGGCUAUCUCCAAGACACACCAGUGCAUUUGACCGUUUUCUAGCUCUGCAGCUGACCAGGGUUUUAUACAUGAUGACAAACCGAUAUCGAGCUAUAAUCUGUAUUCGAUUGCAUGUGCAAUAUUCGCUGCUAAAUCAUGAUGGCGCAUGGCAAUAGCUUGGACCUUGUUGGUCCAUUGACUAGCUUUUUGACGACAAUGUUACAAUAGGCUGAUAAAGUACCUAGGAAGUGUACGUUAUUUGGCCUCGAAUGAGCCCGGACUGCUUCCUGAUUUGUCACACGAUGUUGGAGGGACAUGGUGCUGCUCAGGUGUCAGUAGCCAAAAUACAGCAUAAUGGUUUUAGUACAACCUGGCAUGUGAAGCCGUCUUGUGCAACAUAUCCUGUAUACUCAGUCGGCUUUUAUUUAUCUUUGCGCACGUACUUGCUUAUACUUAUGUUUUAGGCAAAACAGACCGUCACACUUAUUAUUUUGGCCACAAAUUUAUCACUUAGGUGUGCAUAGCUGUACUGCCAAAUAAAGCUAUAUAAUUUGAGCUACAUUAUUUUGACUUGUUUUGAGGUGCCGUGAACCAACUGACGGCUAAAACUUGUUUGUGGAGAUCCGGCAUUUCGUAAUUUGACGUGUGUGUGUCCAUUUUGCAUAUAUUGUGUUUGUAUGAAAUCAGUUGCUGAGCGCUGGGAUGCUACCUGUGGGGCGUGUGUUGUGUGUUGCUAUUGAUAUUAUUCAGCGUAGUUUUAGCUGAAGUGGACGGCUGGGGCUCAACCAUUCCAGUUGAAUUCGGCACUCGUGUGAUUGACUGUAUUGUGGAAUGCACCCAGUGACAAGACCAGGGACUCACGCGCGAUCCGAUAUUCUUACAUCAAUACAAGGUCAUGAUCGACAA